AUGAACAUUGCUAAACACAAUCUAUGCCUCUACAAGAAAUCUCCACUCUCGAUCCAAACAUACACUGUUUGGCACUCUUCACGACAUCAAUCGUCUCUGGUGUCCAGACAGCCAAAUGCCUCUUCCGUGGAAGAACGAAAGCAAUCACCGUCCCAACUGCAUCGCAUCUCCACAGUGAAUCUCGUUCGAAACAUCAUCCUCGGCAAGGUCUUCACAUCACCAUUCCUGUUCAAACAUGGCGUGGCAUGUUUGUCGAAGAUAGCGAAUUCGCGAUCAGCAAUGCUGGACCCAGACAGGAACGCAUUGCUACGAGCUUUGAUCAAGCCGAUGAUAUAUGAUCACUUUUGUGCUGGUACGAACAAGCUGGAAAUCAAGAAGACUUUGAGUUAUCUCAAGACCAUGGGCUUCAAAGGUGUCAUCCUCAUCUACUCGAGGGAGAUACCUGCGAUGCCGGUAGAACAGCUUCGCGAACUAGAGCCUUUGGCUCAAGAUGAAGACAUCGAUAUCUGGCGAGAUGGUAAUGUAAAGACAUUAGACAUGGUAGAACCUGGUGACUAUGUGGGCAUAAAAUUUACAGGUGCAGGGCCUCGAGUCGCCCAAGCGUUGGCCCUCGGCAGAGAUCCUCCACAGCAACUCUUAGAUGCCAUGGCCGUCAUCUGUGAACGCGCCGCCGCACAAGGUAGCCGUGUAUGGAUCGAUGCUGAACAGCAAGUCUUUGAAAACACAAUCGCCCGCUGGACUGUUGACAUGAUGCGACGCCACAACACAAAUAACCAAGCUCUUGUAUCGCUGACCUUACAGGCGUAUCUCAAGUCUGCCAGGAAGACUCUCGAAAACCUGUUACAUCAAGCUUACCACGAGGGCUGGACACUUGGAAUCAAGUUGGUCAGGGGAGCAUACAUCGGCAGCGAGACUCGAGCCCUGAUUCACGACACAAAAACACAAACAGACGAAUGCUACAACAGCAUAGCAGCAGAUCUCCUCACAAAAUCCUUCCCAGGCUUCAACAAGCAAGAUUUCCCUCGCGUCGAGUUGUUCCUCGCCGGCCACAAUUCAGACUCCAUUCGCAAAGCCUAUGCCCUAUAUCAAGGUCAACUGCAGAAAGGCGAGACACCCCCUCCCAUCAAAUUCGGACAACUGUUGGGCAUGGCGGACGACAUUAGUUGCGAGUUACUGGCUAUGGGCGACGAUGGAGCCGAAAAGAAGACUGCAGCUCCAAUGGUAUACAAGUGUAUGAACUGGGGCAGUGUGAGGGAGUGUAUGCACUACCUCGUGCGAAGAGCCACCGAGAACCAAAGUGCGGCACAGAGAAUGCAAAGCACUGUCGGUGUCAUGCAGAAGGAACUGCGCAGACGUAUGGGUUUCUGA